UUCCUGCCCAUCCGGGCCAGCGCGGCGGGGCCGGGAGCUGCACCAUGGCCGCGCCGGGGGCGGCGGGAGGCGGCAGGAGCGGUGCCCCCGCCGCCGAAUGGGGCGGCUUCGAGGACAACAUGCAGGGUGGCGGCUCCGCCGUCAUCGACAUGGAGAACAUGGACGACACGUCGGGCUCCAGCUUCGAGGACAUGGGAGAGAUGCACCAGCGCAUGAAGGAGGAGGAGGAGGAGGAGGAGGCGGAGGGCGAGGCGGGUGCCGGCGAGGAGGAGGACGGGGAGUUCCUGGGCAUGAAGGGGCUGCGGGGGCAGCUGGGCCGACAGGUCGCUGACCAGAUGUGGCAGGUGGGAAAGCGACAAGCCUCCAGGGCCUUCAGCCUCUACGCCAACAUCGACAUCCUCCGGCCCUACUUCGAUGUGGAGCCCGUCCAAGUGCGAGCCAGACUGCUGGAGUCCAUGAUUCCUGUGAAGAUGAUUAAUUUCCCACAGAAGAUUGCAGGCGAGCUGUACGGACCCCUCAUGCUGGUUUUCACACUGGUGGCCAUUCUUUUGCAUGGAAUGAAGACCUCAGACACCAUCAUUAGGGAAGGCACACUGAUGGGCACAGCCAUUGGCACCUGCUUCGGUUACUGGCUGGGCGUCUCAUCUUUCAUGUAUUUCCUGGCAUAUCUGUGCAAUGCCCAAAUCACGAUGGUGCAGAUGCUGUCACUGUUGGGCUACGGUCUUUUCGGACACUGCAUCACUCUCUUUGUCACCUAUAAUAUCCACUUCCACUCCCUCUUCUAUAUCUUCUGGUUGGUUGUUGGUGGACUCUCUACACUACGAAUGGUUGCUGUGUUGGUGUCACGCACCGUGGGACAUACCCAGCGGCUCAUCCUGUGUGGGACACUUGCUGCUCUGCAUAUGCUUUUCCUCCUCUAUCUGCACUUUGCUUAUCACAAGGUGGUAGAAGGUAUCCUGGAUACAUGGGAAGCAGCCAAUAUGCCACCCUUUCAGAGAGUUGCCCGAGACAUUCCAGUUGUUUCCAAUGCUGUAUUGAACACAACAGCCAAAGCCAUUGCAUUGACCCUGUAGUUUUACGGACUUGGACUUGCUUCCUUCACUACUUUUGGGGUGCAUAGGGCCACAGUAAACUGCUGCCUCUUAGGAACAGGACAGAACAGCAAGAAGAUGAUUUGCUUUGUUUUCCUGGACCUGUUCUUUGGGUUACAGUUUUGGGCAGCUGAGUGGACUCAGCUGAGGUGAGUUGCACCUCAGUAACUCAGAAGAACUACACUCUUCCCCCAUCCAGGUCUGGGCUGUCUUGAGUAGAGUGGUUCUGUUGCCUGCAUGUUUAGCUGGGAUUUCCCAGCGCAGUUUGUCCCUUAGCCUUCUUUCCGCUUGCUGAUGUAACUCCAGGAGUAUCUGCCCUGUUCCUGUCCUGAGGAGGGAAGAAUUAAAUUGAUGUUGGUGCUGAGUGAUGUCUUAUGCUUGAACCUGCUUGUCUAAUGGGAGCGUGGUAUUGGGUCUUGCACUUUUAUCUGUCCUGUCCUAGACUCGAAGCAGGAUUCUUUGCAAUUUUCUGCUAUCCUUCAAAUGUUCUGUGAUAUAUGGCCUGUUCUGGGCACUUUUUUCAAAGGCACAGUAGUUCAGAAGGCAAAGGAACUUCACUUUCUCUGACAAUUUUCAGGAACAGCACAAUUUUUAACCACAUGCUCUGUCUUGUGUUUCAGAUUGAUCCCUCUCUCUUCACUUGGUCCAGGAUGCUAACUCACAUCACCAUCCCUUUUCCUGUGUAUGUCAGAAAUGUAUCUGUCCCCAUGCUUUCACAGUACCUUUUGUUCCUGCCACCCUUCUGCCCMUGCUGCUCAGUGGGACUUGCAGAGGCAGCAUAUUUGUGCAUGAUCUUCAGUGGAUAUUUCUAUUAGGAGGCCGGUUCAGCCACCCUUGUGCUGCUUGCCCUCAUGUCUCCCAGCCACAGGACUGUCACCUCUGGGCAGGGGUGGUAUCCUGUUCCCCAGACACCCAKUCUGUGUGUAUUGCCUGGCUUUUCAAGCUGAGUCUAGGCCUUUUUUUGAAAGGACUUGAGGAUCUCUGGCAAACUUUUCUCUGGUGUUUCCAUUUAACAAAGGGAGAAAUAGAUGAGUGUGCAAUGGAAAUAGAGUUGGCAUAUAAUCUCCARUGUUUUGAUACAGGAAAGCUCCAGUAAGGAUGGGUAAGCAGAGCAGCCCAGUCUAGGCUUAUGUGCACUGCAGUAACUCACAGCUGAGUAGUUCAGCCUUCCCUCUGCUCUGUAGUGGUCUGCUGUAGUGGUUUACUAGUCUGUGAGUGGAAGCUGUUUGCUGGUAACUGGCUUUCAUCUUUUCUCUCCCUGUAGUUCUGGAUGUCUGGGGGAGAGGAGGCACCCCUCAGAGAAGUUCAUCCUUAAGCCCACGCAGAGUAAAACGCAGGAUGUUGCUCUUUCUUGGUGUACCCACAAGUGCACAAGGCAGACAGUAUGUUGGAACUACACUCUUUUGUYGCUUGUUUUUAUCAAUGGGAAAGGAUGCAGCUGUAGUGGCAUUCAGACUGGUGCCAUUGUGCAGUGAAAGAGGAAGAUGGUGCCAGCUACUGUAAUCGGGCUGGUCGUCUGCUUCAGUUGAAAAAAAGACUUGAGCAUUUUCACUCACAGACCUACUUUCCACUAUUUCCUAAUUCCCACAUUCAUAAUUUUUCCCCUUUGAAGGGCAAAAAGCUUGUCUGGUAACAAUCCUGUAUACCAGACAGGUUCCCUCACUCUCUUCUCCCGUCCUGACCCGCCCCCUUGGGAAACAUUUUGGCUGAAGAACAGCACUCAGAGCAAGUUACUUGGGGGAAUUAUUUACUUAUUUGGGCUACUAGUCUCCAAUUGAACCACUUUAACCUCCUAGAAUUUCUAUUGCUUUGAAAUUUGACAAAAUGGAAGUGUUAAUUUGUAAUGCUGCUUCUGGUAUUUCCCUCUUUAUAUUUCCAAAGGAGGUUGGUUUCUAAUUCACGGUUGUUACUCUGGCAGCCAAGAAUGGAUCUGUUUCUCUUGUUGCAAACUGUGGAAUUAGGGCAGGCAGGGGGGAAGGAAAAAAGAAACAAUUAUCACUGGAGUAAGUUCAGCUGAGAAGAAAAAAUUGCUCUGCACCAAACUUGAAUCAGGACUGAUUUCUACAGUUGGAGAACAGCUGUGCUCCYUCCUGCAUUGAGCCACUUGGCUGAACCAGAGGGGUGAAGCUGUGCCCUGUGUUUUCACUCAAAGCACAGAGAAGAGCAGUAAGCAAAUUCCUCUUGCUUCCCCUGAGCAGCUUGUGUGUUGUCAGCUGUUGACAUGAUCAGGGUGACAACYAACCACCAUCUUGGAACCUGUGGGGCUUGCUCUGCUCCAGUUCUUCAGCCCUGAUUAAUUCUCUGUGCAGCAGCAGCUGGAAGCUGAACUGUUCUGUACUGCCAGAAAUUCAGUACUCAGCUGAGAGCUUCAGCAUUGCCUUUCACUGACAGAGAAGGACACGUUUUUUCAGGGAAAUGCAUGCAUGCUGCAGUUCCAGGGAGCAUGCUGAGCACGCAGGCUUAUUAAAGUCCUUGUGGGAGGGCAUCUCAAUGCUUACUCAAGUCCUCUAGUUAUCAGAACAAGCCUUACAACCCUAUCGUGCAACACUAUCUCUGCCUUUGUUUCCUGACACAGCUCUUGCAGCAUAUCUCAGAUAAUUUUCUCUUUUCUCCCUUGCAGCAAAUCUGAAAUAACCCCUUCAUCACUUCCCCCUUUUGARUAAAGGUAGCUCUGUAAGCCCCUCUUUAAUAAACAUGGAAUGAACAUUAAUAAAAAGCUGUCAGAUUAGAAAGAGGAAGCUGUAUAUUAAAGCUAAAAAUGUAUAUUAAAAGCAUCUAUGACCUCCGCUUCUAUGCAGUACCUGGGAGUCCAACUCUU